AUGUCGGUGACCCCGCCUUCACCAACCCCGACCGUGACCUCGCGCGUCGGAGAGGUCCUCUACGCGACUCUGAACGACUCGUUUGACACUGCCAUUCAUGCUGUCGACGAGAUUUAUACCGCAAACGCUACCAUGCCCGGCGCCAGAGACGUGGAUGAAGAUUACGACAAUGGUCCCCAAAGUCCUAUUGCAAAGAGCUUGUAUGGCGCCAAAAACGAACUCAACAGGUGGCGGGGCAAAAGUCCCCCUCUCCCAAGCUUCGAAAUCGUCAGUGGACUCGUCGACGCAGGCCUCAACAAGGGUAGCAUAGAUGACCGGAAACUCUUGCUCGAAGCUGCCCUGUCAACAAUGUCUUCGCUCCCCAAAGGUGCUCUCUCAGAUACGCUUAACAGAAAGACGGUCGCCCUUCUCUAUCGUGAUUUACCUCACCCGCCGCCGACGUUUAUAAACAACCAAUACGCAUGGCGACAACCCGAUGGUUCGCACAACAAUCCGGCGAACCCCGACCUCGGCAAGGCAGGGAUGCCCUAUGCACGCAACGUGCAGUCCCAUACCCCAAUGCCCAUGAGCGAGCAGCCCGAUCCUGGCCUCAUCUUCGAUUCGCUCCUCAGGAGGGACCGUUUCAGGCCCCAUCCAGCCGGCAACUCUGCCCUUCUUUUCGGUUUCGCGACGCUUGUCAUUCAUACUUGCUUCCGCACCAAUCACGGUGACUGGACGAUCAACGAUACCUCGUCCUACGUCGAUCUCUCGCCACUCUACGGCAACUCCCUCGAGGGUCAGUUGAAGCUUCGUAGACAAGAUGGUACCGGAAAGAUGUGGAACGACGUCUUCGCCGAGGAUAGGCUCCUUUUCCUCCCGCCUAUCAGCUGUGCACUUCUCGUUCUCUUCUGCAGAAACCACAACUAUAUCGCCCAGAAGCUCCUCGAGAUCAAUGAGAAGGGUCGUUGGAAGUGCCCGCCACCCGACGAUGAGCAGGCUCGCAUGACCCAAGACGACGAAAUCUUCAAUAUUGCCCGUCUCAUCAAUUGUGGACACUUUGCUGGCAUUGUCUUCAGCGACUAUCUUGCAGGCAUUCUCGGGCUAUCCCACGAUGCUAAUCCCUGGUCCCUGGAUCCCUUCUCCGAGAUUCGUAAUGAGGACCACACCAUUGUCGAGCGUGGUUGCGGUAACGCGAACAGCGUCGAGUUCAACCUUCUCUAUCGCUGGCACGCCACCCUUUCCGAGCCAGACGUCGCUUGGGUUGAGCGCAUAUUCGCGUCGAGCUUUGCUGGAAAGUCUGCCGAGGAAAUCACCAUCCGUGAUUUCAACCAGGUCACAGAAAAUCUUAGAGAGGCCUCUAGGAGAGACAUCAAGACGUGGACGUUUGCUGGUCUGCACCGCGGGGAAGAUGGGAAAUUCCACGACUCUGAUAUUGCCAAAAUCCUCAUGGAUGCCACCUCCCACCCAGCAGGCGCGUUUGGUGCUCGCCAUACACCAGGUAUCAUGCGCACGAUUGAGAUCAUGACUAUCCAAAUGGCUCGAAAGUGGGGUGUAUGCACGCUCAACGAGUUCAGGAAGAGUCUUGGCUUGAAGCCGUACACUACGUUCCAGGAGUGGAAUCCAGAUCCAGCCAUCUGGAUGCCCGCUCAGGCUCUCUAUGAGCAAGUGGACAGGCUCGAGCUCUAUGUCGGUCUUCAGGCAGAGGAUACUAAGAAGCCUGGGCCUGGUGCCGGUUUGUGCCCAGGAUACACAAUCUCUAGGGCUAUUCUCGCGGAUGCCAUCGCGUUGACUCGUGGAGAUCGAUUCUACACUUACGAUUUCACCCCAUCGACCUAUACUUCUUGGGGUUACAAGGAUUGCCAGCGCGAUCCCACGAACCCUGGUGCUGGAUCUGUUCUUGGUCCGCUCUUCCUUCGCACGCUGCCGAACAACUACCGCCCAGACUCCGUCUUCACGUGGUUCCCGAUGCUUACCCCCGAAGCUACGCGAAAGAACCUCACCCGCCUUGGCAAGGCGGACAAGUAUACUUUUGAGCGACCCGGAGAAUUGAGCAUGAUCAAAUCCGUCGAAGACGUCGGCGCAGUUAUGGACUACACUACCGGUCGCGGAUCAAGGGUUGUCAGGAGCGUGUAUGGACCCAAGGCGCGCGAGAUCAUGGAUGGUGGCGGGUACUUUGUACUUUUGGAUGACGUCCGAGCAGACAUGCACCGUCGCGCAAUUCAGCAAGCCAUUUUCCACAAUGUCGAGCACACUGGUCCGAUCGCCCGCGCAAUCGAGUCCAAGAUGCGUGCUCUUAUUCACCACAAGAGUUUCGAGCUCGUCAAGGGCAAGACAAAAUGCAUCGACAUUGUCAAGGACGUUGUCAACCUGGCACCCAUUCAUUGGAUCGCCGACGCCCUCGGUCUUCCUCUCAAGACACAUGAUCACAUGAAGGGAACCAUCUUCGAGCAGCAAGCUGAUCAAAUCUUCAAGGAUAUUUACUCGUACAUCUUCCACGAGAUUGACCCCUCGCUCUUGGUCAACUUCCGUGGGAUUGUCAAGAAGCAUGUCAGCUUUAUGAUGCGCUACAUCGAGCCUCAAGUACAGGAUUCGAAUGGCAUCAUCCCCAGCGUUGCGGCAAUCAAGGACGCUAUCGUUGGCAUCUGGGUCGACCGUCGUGGAGACUGCGGUCGCUUCUACGAUUCCAUGGUAGCCAAUGGCUUCUCUAGGACCGACGUCAUGAACGAUGUGCUUGCGCUUGCCGUUCUGGCCACAGUCGAACUUUCUCACUUGCUCGUUCAUGUGAUCAACUUCUAUCUCGAAGAGGAGAACAAGGAAUAUCGUGAUCGCAUCACUGCCGCCGCCUUUGGCGACGAGACUGUCACAGCUGCAGAGCUCGAGGGAUAUGUGCGCGAAGCGAUUCGCUUGGAUCCUGUCACUGUUGGCGUCAUGCGCGAGAUUACGACGGGUACUUUAUCUCAGGCCAGUGGGCAACCAUUGCAAGCCAACGAGCGCAUAUUUGUCAGCUUGAAGAAGGCCAUGGUCAACGAGGACCUCUACCCUCAUCCCAAGUCCGUUGAUCUCCAUAGGUCCAAGGAGCAAAAACUUCUGCUGGGUGACGGAACCUCCAAGCUGCUCGGCGAGGAUUAUAUCCUCGACGUCGGUGCUCACGUCCUCAAGGCCGUCUUCAGUCUCAAGAACCUCCGCCGUGCGCCCGGACCGUCUGGAACACUUCGUCGAUAUGUCCAAGAUCACAAUGGUACGAAGCAGUACUUCUAUCUCGACCAAAAGCAAAAGAUCAGCCCAUGGCCUACGUCCAUGUUACUCCAGUACGACCAAGUUUGA